CUGAUCCCGACCCGUACACCGCGCCCGGCUGCCGAGAUCCGCAGCUAGCCGUGCUGACCUGGCCGCAUGUGUGGCGGCACGCUCACGACUCUUGCCGCAGUCUCGGUCGGCCCCCGAGACGGGAGAGCCGGAGAGGUAUACCACGCUAGCAUCGGCAUCUUCUCCUGGCAGCCAUCGUCGGAUCCCGCAUCAUUCCCUUGGCGCCCCCUCGUACAAAGAAAGCCAACCUCCGGGCCCUCUGACCUCCGAGGCCUGCGAGCUGGAGACAUCCCGGCGGCGGCGCGAUGAGCUCCGGCGGCUGCUCGACCUGCCUCGAGGUCAUCUUCGCCGCCGUCCUCCCGCCGCUCGGCGUCUUCUUCCGCUACGGCUGCUGCAGCCCGGAGUUCUUCAUCUCCCUCGUGCUGACGGUACUGGGCUACGUCCCCGGCGUCGUCUACUCCCUCUACGUCAUCCUCCGGACGCCGCCGGAGCCGCCGGGCAUCGACGGGGAGCGCCCGUACGACAUGCUCACCUGACGGAGGCCUGCACUGUACAUCACCAUCCAACAUAUAGGGGCCCCUGCGCAACACACAACGCUGUAGUUUUGCUGUACUUUUCAUCGCCGUUCGUGAUGAGCUGUAGGUAGCAGGUAGUUGGUUCAGGACAUUCCUGGCUGUAUUUUUCUGCGUCCAUGUUCUUCCAGUAUUCGAUUGCUAGCAUUCUUUUGGGGUUUAUGAAUGUAUUGUCAGUAAGGGAGAGAUGGCUGUUCAUCUGUCCAUAUAUGCAGCGGUUGCUAAUUGGUACAGUAACUGAUACUCUGAUAAGAUGCAUAUAUGUAAUCAUGUACAAAUAUUAAAUCUUAUAAUGUAGUUUGGGGGGUCUGAAUUGUGGCUU